AUGCUGCACUUACUCGCACUGCACGCCGCCACAACACCGAGCUUGCCGCCGUCCACGUGCAAGCCAGCCGACGGCCCCACGGUUCUCAUCGAGGAUGGCCAUCUCACUCUGGCGUGGUCCGAUGGAGUCUCCUCGACCGUCCACGGUGCAUGGCUUCGCGAACGCUGCUUGGGACCCGCCUCCGUCGAGCAAGCAACCAAACAGCCAUUGCACGGGCACGAGUCAUUUGACGAUAGCGCCUGGGCGGUAGAAGCAGCCAGCGUCGAGGCAGCAAACAGCUCGACCGCUGCCCUGCUGCACGUCACCUUUGGUGACGGCCACAAGAGCAUUUUAGAGUCGGGCAAGCUGAAAGCCGAGCUCACUGGGUGUGGCGAGUCUGUUGUGCAGCCGCCAGAACUGGCUGCGCUUCCGGAGCGCCUCCUUUGGAGCGGCACAUCUCCUGGCACAGCAUCGCUUCCGCGCACGCCACUCCAGGGCAGACUCCCGCCGCGCCACAAGUACGAGGCCCUUUCUACGAGCCCCUCCGGGCUGCAUGCCUUGACGACUCAGCUGCUGACAUUGGGUUUCGCCAUCGUGGAAGGCGUGCCAAAGGUCGAGGGCCAGUGCGAGGAGUUCGCAGGGAAGAUCUCCUUUUUGCGCGCGCUGCACGCCAUCAAGCAUUGCUCAUGUGGCGACGGCGAGCCAAUCCCGUGCAAGCAGUGCUCGGUUGUGAACUAUGCUGUCGAUGCCGUCGCCGUCGCCGAGCAGCUCCGAGAGACACACCCGGCUGACUUCGCGCUGCUCGCAAACACGCAAGUGCGAUGGGAAAAUUCGGCGCACGACGGCAGGGACUUCAUCUCCGCCUACGUGAGACACGCGCCCAUGAUCGAGCUUGAGCCGACCACCGGCAAGAUUCUCGCGAUCAACUUCUCGAGCAAGUCCGGAGGCUAUGCACCGCCGAUGGAACCGCAGCUGGCCCAUGCCUUCUACCAGGCUCGACGCCUCUUUGCUCGCAUGCUCAAUGAUCCCUCCAACAAGAUCAUGCUCCAGCUACGUGCGGGCGACCUCUGGGUCUUUGACAACCGCCGCUUGUUGCACGGGCGCUCUGUGAUCCACCCAGACACUGACGGAGAGCGCCACAUCGAAGGCUGCUACAUGCAGCGGGAUGGACUGCUCUUCCACCACGAGCGAUCGCGUAGAGCGAGUCGUGCCGACCAGUGA